GAAUUAUCGAUCAGACUAACACCUCCCUUCACCGCAACAGAUUCAUGAAGCAUGUUCUGAUCUUGUCCGCCGGAGAUUACUUCAAACUUCGGACCGCCCUGCAGAUCUUUCCGGGUUGCAUCCUGUUGGACUUCAACCAAUAGGAGGGAAGCAGCGAUUUCGUGCGCGAAACCUCGAAAUCACCAGCAUCAUCAGUUGUCGGUUGACAACGCAAGUUGCCCCCCCCUUGACAGAGAAUGGGUCACCGCAUUCGCUAGCCGCUUCUCGAGCGUCUGUCGCCCCCUUUCUUUCUCGCUUCACGUGCUCGCCCCCUUGCGUGCGCGGAGAUGACAUACUCUACUGUGCCGCGGCCUAGAAUCACAUUAACACCUGAGAACCGUCCCACCGUCCCACAACACACCACUGGGUACAAUCAAGAAUCAAUGGACACUUCAAGUAAGAUGCCAGUGAACUCCGGUGGGAGCAACCGCGAUGGUCGGCAACGACUUCACUUGCGGCCAACCCUGUUUGGAAUGCGGAGGAGCUGCUUAGAAUAUGGACGUAGAAGGAAGGGCUGCGAUGGUCAACAGCCUUGUGGGUAAAACCUCCUACAGUAAGUCAUGUCAGGUACGUUGUGGAUGUAUGAACGGCAUCGAUGGUGGUGGAAUCAGACGUACGCACAACAUAUGCAUAUAGUCUAUUCCGCGGGCAAAUAUGCACAUGAUGGCAAGCUGCGAAUAGUCGUGCACACAGCUGGGGUCGCAACCAAUCAAAACCAAUUGCCAAAUGUCGUGUCAGUGUGCAGCUGCAACGUUUUCCACGCCCCAACAAACCGCCCGCCCAUCAGCUGAUCAUGUCAAGUCAUUUUGUCUGGACUAUGCAUAUAACGGCUGCAGCAGAUUCACGUACUGCUGUAACAAUGUAUGCAUAUGAAACGCAUGCCUAUACGUUUUGUUUGCUCAACUUCUCAUGAGGUACAUAGUCUUUAGUCUAGAGCUACAUGUACAGUCUAGUCUAUACGUGAAGAACAUGUUGAGUCUGAGCUGUUUUCCCCAGGUUCGCGCUGUGGAGAACGCACCUGGUCAUAUUUUCUCGUGAAAUGGGGAGAACGGAUGUAUUGCAGGGUCUGUGAGGGCGAGGGCAGCUGACCCGUAGUCCUCGUACCAGGGGUUCGGCGCGUCCACUGACUCUUCCAAGGUCAUGACACAUGUCACUAUCUGCAAUCCCUUCAUAGUGCAGCCGCUCCUGUGGCAGCAGCCACAUACACACACAGGAAUACGUCCACGGAAGCGAAAAGCCCGCCGCACAAUAUCAUUGCGCGUCGAAGAAGAUACAACGCGACAAGCGCGUCCGUCCGUUGAACGCUUUCGAGCCUCAACCCCUUCAGGGCUAGAUCGCCGUUUGGGUACACUUUUUGUCCUCAUUUUCUUCACCUGCUUUACCUCGUGAAGAAUGGCAUGAUUGUCUCCUCCUUUGAACUACUCGACCAGGGGGGUGCCAGGGUACACGAGGACGACUCUAGUCUAUUAUGUAUGCUUUGUAGAGUGGAGGAGUGUGAGGGUAAUAAACAGGUCGAAUCGCGGGGCGACUACGCCGCGUCUGUCUACCUUUCUUUGGGGGAAAGCGCUACUAGGGGCAUGCGCGGAAGAAGUGCCCAGCACCCGUUGAUAGGAGGCACCGGACAACCUAGGGCUUGGGUUAGAAGGUCGCGCAUUCCCUCUAGAGAAAUAUCUUGAUAACCUCCUUUUCUUGCCCCGUUUUAUCCAGAGUUCUUGAGUAAACAUAAACACUGAACGCCUGUAGAAACUUGUCUGCGUAAAGUGGUAUUUUUCCCGCAUCCGCCCACAGACCACUUGGAUAGUUUCUAACUGGAGCCAGGGUAUUGACCCAACAUAAUGCAUACCAUUCAAAAGCUACGGAUCAGGGCUUUCGAAUAAACCUACUUUUAGCUUUCACAGACACCUACCUUGGUGACGAGUUCCUCUGUCGAGUAUACCGUUUCGCGAAACCGCGGUGGAUCGAUUUGCCGGGGUCUCUCCACCGACUGCUGUGUGCAUUUUUAUGUCUUUUUUUUUUUUGCCUUCCGACAAUUUUGCAGAUGUACCUCAGAAAACUUUCACUUAAUGUCUCAUACUCUACAUGAAUAUCAAACCAAUACGAAGUACAACAACAUAUGUAGGACUUAUUUCUACUGUCAUUUACAUCGUAAAAAUAUCUCCGCUUCAACUUGAAAUAAAACCAAUGACAAUCCUGAUGGUAUCCUAUAUGCGUUCGUAAGCUUGCUAAAAUACUACUGCGUUGAUGUCCUCUUGUAAAAGCUGAAAUCCAACAAAUGCUUUGAUCCAUGCUACAUCUCCGUGUUGGAAAAGCCCUUUGUUCAUGAUAACAUCUUACCCUAUUCUACGCAAAUCUGUCACAUCUACUCUCAAACAAGUAUGUUUCUUGUCAUUUUCGGUCUGGUCCCCUUUCGUCCUCGCUAUCUUCCAUUUUGUUUCUCUUUCCUUUUACUGCUUCCUUUUUUUUCUCUCUUUUUCUCUGUUUUCUCCUGUUAUUAGGCUGACUCUUAUGGCAAACG